AUGUCGUGUUCAAAUCUCCAAGCCAAGCCUGAAAGUCUCGGGAAAAAGGGGACGUUUUUCGGGACCUGGAGAGAGGAUAGCACAAGUCAGCUCGCCCAGAUCAUCCAGUUCGCCCAGAAGAGCCAGCUCAUCGAUAGAAGACAGCUCGUCGAGAGAAGUCGCCUCGUCAAGAUCAUCCAGCUCGCCCAGAAGAGUCAGCUCAUCGAUACAAGUCGGCUCGUCGAGAGAAGUCCGCUCAUCGAAGAUCAUCCAGCUCGCCCAGAAGAGCCAGCUCACCAGAACCACCAGCUCGAAACAGCAUCGCCUCGUAGCGCCCUCAACUAUGCUCUCAGUUCGCAACAAGCCUUUCAGCCCGUCGAUUGUCCGGCUUCAAGUUCAGCUCGUGGAUUAGAGAUUGAUUCUUCACCUUCCCCAGAGACUCACCCGUACUUGUUUAAUUCGUGCAUUAACAGUCCUCUACUACAUGCAAUAUUAGAAUGAGUUUGAACAAAGUUAUUCAUCUACCAUACCCAUUUAUUCAUCUGCACUGUAUCCUUAGUUAUUUAUUCCAAUAAACGCUGAAUUUUAUCCAACCCAAAAAUAAAUAAAUAGAAAUUUGUGUUCGA